CAGUUGUCACCCGACCGCCGGCAGGGUUGCAUACGUGAAACAAAUGAUUCGCACAAUCGUCAGAACGAACCUAAUGGUUCCGCCCCUGUUGCUGCUGAUUGCGUUCGGGGCUGUAACCGUCGCUACGGACCCGGAGCUAGAACGUAGUGAGUUGGCCGCCCAGCGCUAUGUGACCGAUCUGGAGGAGGAGAUACUGGCGCGCAACAAUAACGCCACCGAACUUUCGUGGGCCUACGAAUCGAACAUCACCGAGGAGGCACUAAAGCGGCGCAAUGAGGCUGCAUCGCGUAAUGCGAACUUUUUCAAGGAAGUGGCCCGCGAGUUACGGCUGUACGAUUUUAACAGCUUCAAGGAUGCCGAUCUGAAGCGUCGUAUCAAGAAGCUUACCGAUCUAGGAUAUGCAGCACUGGAUGAGCCAAAGUUUUCCCAGCUCGUUGAUGCUAUCUCGCGCAUGCAGGAGAACUAUGCCACGGCGAAGGUGUGUCAGUAUCGGAAUGAGUCAAACUGUAACUUUGGGCUGGAACCGGAGCUAACCGAGACGCUGGCAAAGAGCCGCGAUCCGGAAGAGCUCAAGUACUACUGGGUGCAAUGGCACGAGAUAGCUGGCAAGCCGGUACGGAAGGACUUUGAUGAGUAUGUGGCGUUGAACCGAGAAGCAGCUCAGCUAAACAACUUUACCUCCGGUGCUGAGUAUUGGUUGGAUGCGUACGAAGAUGAUACCUUUGAACAGCAGGUUGACGCUGCGAUCGAACAGAUCCGUCCACUGUACGAACAGAUUCAUGGUUACGUACGGUACAAGCUAAGGAAAUACUACGGAAGCGAGAUUGUGUCUGAGAAGGGUCCGAUUCCGAUUCAUCUGCUGGGCAACAUGUGGGGACAAACUUGGGAUAACAUUGCCGAUAUCACGACACCCUUCCCGAACAAGAAGCUGCUAGAUGUGACCGAAGAGAUGGUGCGCCAAGGUUACACUGCAGUGAAGAUGUUUGAAAUGGGUGAUCAGUUCUUCCAAUCUUUGAACAUGACCAAGCUGCCACCCACUUUCUGGGAGAAGAGUAUUUUGGAAAAACCGAACGAUGGUCGCGAACUAGUGUGUCAUGCAAGUGCAUGGGAUUUCUACAAGAAGGAUGACGUACGCAUUAAACAGUGCACACGCAUCAACAUGGAGGACUUCUUUACGGUGCAUCACGAGCUGGGACACAUCCAGUACUAUCUGCAGUAUCAGCACCUACCGAGUGUUUAUCGUGAAGGAGCCAAUCCUGGCUUCCAUGAAGCUGUUGGUGAUGUGCUUUCACUAUCCGUGUCGACCCCGAAACAUUUGGAGAAGAUUGGCCUACUGAAAGACUUUAUUCUCGACGAAGAAUCGAAACUAAACCAAUUCUACCAAGCGGGUCUGUCGAAGCUGGUGUUCCUGCCGUUCGCUUACACACUGGACAAAUAUCGCUGGGAAAUUUUCCGUGGUGAUGUUAAGCCCGAACAUUACAAUUGUAAGUUCUGGGAGAUGCGUUCGAAGUAUUCCGGCCUUGAACCUCCGGUUGAACGCAGCGAGAGCGAUUUUGAUGCUGCUGCGAAGUAUCAUGUGUCGGCCGAUGUAGAGUAUCUGCGAUACUUUGUGUCGUACAUCGUGCAGUUCCAGUUCCAUCGGGCUGCUUGCGAAAAGGCUGGCCAGUACGUGAAGGGCGAUCCGGAGAAGACGCUUAACAACUGUGACAUUUACCAGAGUGCCGAGGCCGGUAAUGCACUGAAGGCAAUGUUAGCAAUGGGAUCCUCAAAGCCUUGGCCAGACGCGAUGGAGGUGCUGACCGGACAGCGCAAGAUGAGUGCAGAUGCGUUGAUCGAAUACUUCAAGCCACUGUACGAUUGGUUGGUGAAGGAAAAUAAGGCCCUAGGGGCGUUUGUUGGAUGGGAAGAAAAGCUUAAGUGCAAAUCAUCGUAAAGUAUGAACAUCUACAAUAACGUAUCUCCCGUAUAUGAUCUCCAGACCAUUAAAAGACGUCGACAUGAUCGAUUCAAUGAUAUUGCUAAUCUUCUGGAGUAGAAAGUUAUCGUUGAGCUUCUUAAUAAAGUAAGACACACAAAUACAAA